UUCAAAAUGGCAAUAGCCAGCCUGCAGCCUGCAAACUAAAGCCUUUUUUAAAAAUUAGUUUGCCGUGUUUUACGAUGCGAAAUAAACUCAGAAAGGUCAAAACAGUCAGAGACUCAAACUUCCGGUGCAAAGACGUGACGCAAACUGCCGGGGUUAUAGUUUUAUCAGAGUCGAGCUGCUCUAAAGAGGAAAUCUCGCUGGAUGCAAAAGAUAAAAACGGCUCAAAUUCAGCUACAUGGCUUUCGGGAACACACCCCCAACCAGUCCUGGAGAUAAGAGAUUCUUUGUGCGCAAAAGGAGCUAAAAUUGCUCCGAUUUUCUUACGAGCGAUAGAGCAAAGAAAGCGGAGCAGCGACGGGGAGCUGGACCAGCCUCUGGAUAGCACGCAGCAAUCCGUGCUCCCUCUUCAAGGUGAUAACGUGCAACCAGUAAAACGUCCACCUGCAGUUUCUCACGUGACAAUAAAGGACUGGUGUCAGGGACAGCUGUCACCCUCAGUUCUGCACAGCUGCCUGGAAAAAAUCCAAACUUCUAAUCCAGCAUUUCCAGUCCAAGCUGUGCUCAACACUUUGAGGAAGAAGGCAGGAGAAGGGCUGCAGGAGCAUGCGCUCACAGAAAAGAGAAAACGGGUAGAUGAACUCUUGCAGAGGGUACCGAAGCGUCUGAGGUCUGCAGAGAGUGCUGCAGAUGUGGGUCACUCGUCACAUCAGGAUGUCCUGGGAAGCAGUAGUGUUCACCCUGCAGAGAAACAGCCCAGGUGCAGUAAGCUGAGUCGCACUCGCAGACUGAAGCAACAGAGGGCGAGCCAACCAAGUCUUGAUGAGCCGAACAUAAUGAAAAGCUGUGAUCCUCUUCAAAGAAAUUUAUUUUUUGAGGAUACGCUGUGGACAGAUAAGUACAGUCCCCAGCAUUCGAGUGAGGUCAUUGGUAAUCCUGCAUCUGUGAAUAAAUUGUACAGUUGGUUAAGGAAAUGGAAACUAAGAGCCGCCCGUGACAAGGAGAGACAAAUGGAGGAAAAGAAGCAACGGGAAAACAGUAAUGAGUCAUGGGAUUGUGGAGACUUCCAGGGUGAAGCUGGAUCAGACGAUGGCAGAGAGGACCCACUGGGUAACACCCUGCUGAUUACAGGACCGUCGGGUGUGGGCAAGACUGCUUCGGUGUACGCCUGUGCUCAGGAGCUGGGCUUCAAGGUGUUUGAGGUGAACUGUUCCUCACAGCGCAAUGGGCGCAAUGUUCUGUCCCAGCUAAAGGAGGUUACCCAGUCACACCUAGUGGAGACGUCGGGCAAAGACCAGCUGAAACCGGCUUACUUCAACACCAACACCUGCACUUCUAAAUCUGAGAUUUUACUAGGAAAAAGGGUGCUUCCUAAAAAUGUCACUUCCACCUCAAAAAGAAGAACAUCACAGAAUUUGAGAGGCUCUCGUCGCAGCGCAAAAGCAAAAUCAGCCACAGUCACUCUGACUCGCUAUUUUAGGAUGAAGGCCAAAGCAGAUCACUUACAGUCUGGUUUCCUGUCACCAUCUGAAAGGCCAGAGAACAGGAAACUGGGCAACUCAUCGUCAGGCUCUGAUGUAGCAGAGAAAAAGACAGCCACUUCACUUAUUCUCUUUGAAGAGGUUGACGUUAUAUUUGACGAUGACGUCGGUUUCCUUGCGGCCAUUAAGGCUUUUAUGAGUGCCACUAAAAGACCAGUCAUUUUGACUACGAACGAUCCCUUAUUCAAGGAUCGAUUCGACGGCAGCUUGGAUGAAAUAAUUUUCAAAACUCCAUCAGCAGUGAAUAUGUGCAGUUACCUGCAGCUGGUGUGUCUGGCUGAGGGAGUGCAGCUGGAUUUAGGUGACGUCAGCAGCCUACUCAGACUCACCUGUGGUGAUGUCAGACGCUGCCUGCUGCAGCUGCAGGUCUGGGUGCAGAGUGGUGGAAGGUCUAAGAAACCCAUCUGUGUGCAGUACUCAGAUGCUGCUGAAGGAGAACAUUUAGACUCAUUGCCUCCGUACAAAACGGGCUGCUCUGCUAACAUGCUGGGUCUUUGCGGUGUAACUCCAGAACAUUUGCUGAACCUUCUAAAGUCCUCGUCUAAAAAGCACAUGGACGAGCUCUUGAUGCUUCUCGCUGAGAGCUGGAGACGAGGCGUGCCGCUUCUCUAUUUGAACCUGGAGCUUCUCCUGUCUGUAGCAGCUCAGCAUACUACGGUUCGAUGCUUGGAAACAGUAGCUUAUUCCAGGCUGCAGUGCGAGCAAUCUGAUGUUGGGCUUCACAUCGAGCAGCACAAUAGAAGCAUUUAUCAAAGGGCUUCACUGACCAACAGCAAAUCUGUAAGCCAUACGUCAAAGCUUAGCAGAAGGAAGUAUAACAACACAUCAUCUGACAGUUUGGGCCUUGAAAAAACAUUCUCAUUCAGUGGGACUCCUUCAAAAGCUCUGCACUCAGGCAGUACGGCUCAACAAAUUGCAGCUAAAGAGGAGAGUGAGUGUUUAGACGCCCUGACUGACUUCUUUGACAUCAUGUCCUACCUCGAUGCCACCCUGCCGCCCACAGGGACACGUGUUUCCGACUCCUGCGCACCCGAGUCAUUUGUGUGGACAGGAGCGGCGCUAAAGGCUGGUUUGUUGGAUGAGAUGAGGGAGGAAGAGGACAGCAGCUACAGUCAGGAGAGGCUGUUGGACAUUCAGGCUGCUGCUGAAGGUUUGGGGUGUCACAGGUGCUUGUGCAGAGCGUCUGAAGCAUGGACUGAAGUGCAAAAAAUCAGACAGGUGCUGGAGGACAAAAGGUGGGGGAGGCUGAUGGAGAGACUUGCAUUGACCUCUUCUAAAAGACACAGUCUCAGCUUUAGUUUUCAGCCUCUCUGUGAGCCAAGUUUGUCCCAAAGAAGAUUCAGACUGAACAGGACGGUUCUCAGCAGUAAACCCUUCGUUUUGCUGGGGAACAGACGGGCUGUGUGUGUCGACUACAUGCCGGUCCUCCGCUCCAUCUGCCGCUUACAUAAAGCACAGCAACAGAAACAAGAGCCACUGAGGUGUAUGAACUACCUCAACAACAUUCACCUGGGCCUCUCAAAGUCAACUAUGCAGCUCCUGGCAGAAGGUUUCACGUGACUCCUAAAAGACUAU